UCACAUGAUGGAUACAGAUAGGGAAUAGUUCUCACUAAAAGAUAAGAAUGAGUGCCUAUCUCUAGUAUGCAGUGCAGUGCUCCAGUUCCAGUACAAAUGCGAUAGUUACCCAUUAGUAACCUAUUUUCUCGUGUAUCUUGCAAACAGAAUAGUACGAUUCUGUGGUAGACUGUGGUUGGUUUGGUUGGCGUAAAUUUUCCUUUUGGUAUUUCAAAUUUGAAAUCGGUGCAUUUAACGUAUGAACUUGUUCGUUGUUCCCAUCUUGUAAAAUAUUUUUCGCCGAAAAUCGUCAUCGUUAGUAAGUACGCAGUGUUUAGGUUCAAAUGGAAAUUGGACAAAGCCAAGAGCUAGAAAUGACUGAAGCUGCGCCAAAAGUGUACGAUAUUAUUCAUCCUACUCCGGUAUCGCUAAAAGAACUGUCAGCAAUGGCCAUUAGCCUCGAAUUAUGGCGCUAUAAAGUGAAUGAAUAUCGCACAGGUAGAAAAUUGGAAAAAUUAAACUCAUAUCGGCUACGAAUAGGAAAUACUCGGAGAAAAAGUAUACUUCCUGAUUUACCUUCCACGAUUUAUGAGACGAUCGAAUUUUUUUUUAGUAAAUUUGUGAGCUCUGUGCUUCCUUGGCUGUUCGAACAUUAUAAACAAGUAUUCAGUUGUUUCAGUCACGAGAACUAUGUUUUAGAAUAUUUCGAUGAUUUCGUAUGCGAUUAUGAUGGCUCUGUUCAUUACGUUAGAACAGCCGAACGUAUGAUGCGUUGCGAACUAUUGACUAAGAUGAUGAAGUUUACAAUUGCCUGUACGUAUUUCUUCGAAGACGAUAUCAGACGAAUUUGGCCCUCUGUAUCGAGACACCUGAUGAACGUGGAUUUAAUUAAUUUCUACUCUUCCCCGCAAUUGUAUUACUGGAUUUGCCGUCUCACGAAUCAGUUAUGUAAAAUGCCAAAUUCAACCAGACCCUGGUUCAGUGAUACUCGACUUACUGUCGAUGAGCGAAUGUUUGAUGCGCACAUGCCUUAUAAUAGACCUUCGUUGGAAUAUUUUUGGAAUCGUAUACCCGUUGAAAAACAAAUGGAAAGAGCUCAACACCUCGAUGGAUUAGAUUUUGUUAGAUUCAUUUUACCAAAACUGAAUGAUUCGCAGCUCGAUAAAUUCGUUAAUAAUACUCGUAGCAACCGUGGCGGAUUUCAUUCCCUGUUCCGCUAUCGUCCUUGUGAAGAUUAUACAAUCGUUCUGAAAAUUUGGUCGUACAUUAGGUCGAAGAACAUCAUGAACAAGAGUACUUUUACAGAUAUAGCCGUUAAUUUGAUGAGAAACAAUUUUCACAAUUGUGUCGAGUUCGAUCAUAAAGAUUGGGAAUAUGUGUGUGGUGAAAUAUGGAACGAUACUCCACUGGAUUUCAAACAAUCGGUCAUCAGACAUAUUUCAUCCGAGAGCGAAUGGUUAGAAAAUAUGACUGCUACAUUUGAUUACCAUCGGAAUCAGAUACACGUCGAGUUCCUGCUGCUUAUUCUACAGGAUGCAUCUAUCAAAGAAAGAAACCUGUUUUGGCGUAAUUGCUGGAGUCCUUUGAUUGAAGCUGUUCGAACCAAAGAUUUGCAACGAAUAGCCCAACUGUGCUUCAAAAGCCACAAUGAGAUUACUCAGUUCAAACAAAACUGCAUGAUUAACAGCGAAGUUGUCCUUCAAGUUUGCGUUUCAUUAUUUUAUAAUGCGCGUUUUGACGAAUUGAAUGCCUUUCUGAGUUUUUUUCAUCCCGAAUCCGAAUCGCAAACAGCGAGAAACUUUAAAGAACAAAUCCUGGAAUCAGCUUUUCUCGGUGAAAAUUGUCGACUCAGCGCAUUGAUCAUCUAUAAAAUCGAGGAAUUUAUUGACAUCGUUAAAGAUGUUUCCACCGAUUUUAAAAAUCUCCUCAUCUCGUCGCCUUUACUUCUCAAGAGUUUAUCGAGCAUUAUUUGCGCAGAUCUUGUUUCUUCGAAAACGGUCAUCAAAUUUAUUGAUACUCUUGUUUCAACAGAAGAAACCGUAAUGCAGGUCAAAAUGAGUUUGACUGGUUUUUUGAAAGAGCGUAUUAUGGCUAAGAAGGCACAUAAGCGUGCUCUUAUACUUCGCGGGGAUAUGAUCAAUUCGAUCUUAUUAUGGUGCUUGGGAAGUGAUGAGGGGGUUGACGAAUUCAUAUCAACUUGUAUUUCUUAGUGGUUAGAUGACACUAAAACUCGUUUUUGAUGACUUAAAAAACGGUUACGGUAUAGGUCUGUUUAAUUGUUAUUGUUCAAUCGACUCUUUAUUCUUUAAUAAUGUACAUAUAUAGGUACCUAGAUAAUAGAUAAUAAUAGGUACAUAUGUAAUGUACUAUCGAAUACGAGUAUUUUCAUCAUACGAGUAUAGGUAGGUACAAAUACAUGUACUAUGAAUAGGUAGGUAGCCCUAAAAUAAGUCUAAAAUUAAGCUUGUGAUGUCACACUCCAAUUUGAACGGGACCGCGAUUUUUGGAAAGAACAUAGUCUAAAACCCCCAAAACCACAUUUUCAGCUGCCCAAGUUCAUUUUUCGAUUUUUGGCGAACGUUUGAAAUUCAAAAUUGACUGUUUUUUGCGAUUUAUGAUUUUUUUUAAAAAGUACGUACUUUAUCGGUAAAAAUGGUCAAAAUAAGUCCCAAAACUAAUAUUAAUUAUCCAAAUCCAAAUUUCACCAUUUCCCAUCAUUCUGGAGCCAAUUAUUUUAGAUAAUAAUCUCAAUAUAAAUUUUUUUAACCCAUUAGGUAAUGGUAAUCCAAUUUUAUAAUUUCUCCAGAAUUUUGAAUUCGCUCCAGAAGGCUUGAAUAUGAAGUUGGGCAGCUAAAAAUCGAGUUGUGUGUUAUACUCAUUCGAGCCAGCCGAUUUUGGGAGUGACACCUCAAGAGCCAUUUUUUGACCAGAUUUUUUCAAAAUUAAAAACCAAAAAGAUCAAAAGUUUCCCGUUAGCGUGGAGGUGAAAUUUGGAUUUAAGGGGUUAGUUUUGGACAAAAUACAGCGAUUCGCGCAAAUUUCGAAAAUUUCCACUCAAACGGAAAACUUUUGAUUUUUAAAUUUUGAAAACAGCUGGAGUCAUUCCACGUCAAUUGGACCAAGAAGUGGUAGGUUGAUUCGGCGAUUUUUUUGAAAUUUUUCGUGUGGAAAGACCUUCCGAAGGAAUGACCAAUGGCGCAAAUCGCAGCCCUCUGGCACAUUUUUAUCGGCUGCCAGGGGGUGUCAAAGUUUUCAGUGAACUUGAAAUAUUAUCGAUUUCAACAGUGGAUUACUCGAUAACCGCGAUACCUACCAAAAUGAAACAUUUUCUCAUAGUGAGGGGUUUUGAAAGGCUUUUUGGUGAUAUCAUAAAAAUCAGUAUUGCCACUUUUUUUCGUGAAAAAAAUUAGCUCAAAAAGUUUCGAAACGUUGUUUUUAUAUCGUUCCGACUAUCAAAAAUUCUGAAAAAAAUAUAUUAUGGACAACUGUCAUGUUGAACAACAUAUUAAAAAAUUGGGAUGGUAACUUAUCGCAAAGUCGAUUAAAAAAUUUAAAGUUUGCUAAAAAAUGCGAUUUUUUGAUUUAAAACAUUGAAAAAAGUUUUGAUUGGUAAAAUUGACCCAUUUGACCUCUAUUUUUACGUAUCCAUUGAAAAAGUUGAAAAAACUCCUUCAUUCGGUGAAAUUAACUCAUCACAAAAAAAAAAUCAAAAUUCGAAAAAAUUCAAAAAAUAAACAUACUUAUUUUAAUUUUUCUUGUUGUAAGUGUAAUUUUUAUCAACUUUUUCAUGAAAUACGUCAGAAAGAAGUCAAAAUAAGACAACUGAAUAAAUUUAAACUUUUUUUGAUGUUUGGAAUUGAAAAUUGAAUUUUUUCGAAUUUUUAUUUUUUUGUGAUGAGUUUAUUUUAUCGAGUGAAAGGAAGGUUUCAACUUUUUCAACAGUUACGUAAAAAUAGUGGUCAAAUGGGUCAACUUUACCAAUCAAAACUUUUUUCAUGUUUUAAAUCAAAAAAUCGCAUUUUUUCGCAAACUUUAAAUUUUUUUAAGUCGACUUUGCGACAAGUUACCGCCCCAAUUUUUUAAUAUGUUGUUCAGCAUGAACAGUUGUCCAUAAUAUAUUGUUUUCAGAAUUUUUGAGAGCCGGAACGAUAUGAAAACUACGUUUUGAAAUUUUUUGAGCUAUUUUUUUGUACGAAAAAAAGUGGCAACACUGAUUUUUAUGGUAUCACCAAAAAGCCUUUCAAAAUCUUCAACUACGAGAAAAAGUUCCAUUUUGUUAGGUAUCGCGGUUAUCGAGUAAUCCACUGCUGAAAUGGAUGAUAUUUUAGGUUCACUGAAAACUUUGACACCCCCUGGCUGUCGUUAAAAAUGGGCUAGAGGGCUGCGAUUUGCGCCAUGGGUCAUCUCUUCAAAAGGUCUUCCGACACGAAAAAUUUCAAAAAAAUCGUCGAACCCACCUACCACUUCUUGGUUCAAUUGAUGUGGAAUGACCAGCUGGUCAAAACACCACUCUUGAGGUGUCACUCCCAGAAUCGGCUCAAAUGUUGAUAAACUCGUUAUACCGGUCGAGUAUAAUACAAAACUCGAUUUUUAGCUGCCCAACUUCAUAUUCACGCCUUCUGGAGCAAAUUCCAAAUUUUGGAGAAAUUGAAAAAUCGUGCUAGUGGCUCUAAAAUGGCUGGAAAUUGUGAAAUUUGGAUUUGGGGGAUUGGUUUUAGACAAGAUACAGCGAAUCGCGUGAAUUUCUAAAAUUUCCACGCAAACGGUAACUUUUUUAUUUUUUGGAUUUUUUAAUUUUGAAAAAAGCAGGUCAAAAAACCACUUUUGAGGGGUCACUCUCAAAAUCGGCUCAAAUGUGGAUAAACUCGUUAAACAGGUUGAGUAUAAUACACAACUCGAUUUUUAGCUGCCCAACUUCAUAUUCACGCCUUCUGUAGCAAAUUCAAAAUUCUGGAGAAAUUGAAAAUCGAGCUGGAGGCUCCAGAAUGGCUGGAAAUGGUGAAAUUUGGAUUUGGGUAAUUGAGAUUAGUUUUGGGACUCGUUUUGACCAUUUUUACUGAUCAAGUACGUACUUUUUAGAAAAAAUCAUAAAUCGCCAAAAACAAUCAAUUUUAAAUUUUCAAAGGUUCGCAAAAAAUUGAAAAAUGAACUUGGGCAGCUGAAAAUUUGGUUUUGGGGGUUUUAGACUAUGCUCUUUCCAAAAAUCGCGGUCUCGUUUAAAUCGGAGAGUGACACCUCAAGAGGUUCCCUUAUUAGUAGAAAAAGAACAAAAUAUAUAGAAAUUCCAAUUCAUCUGCGAGUUGAAAAAUUGUUCAAAUAAGUAGGUAAGUAGGUAUUAAAAUUGUGAAAAAAUUGCUAAAAAUUGCUACCUACCUACCUAAAUCUCGAUAAAAAAUUUGAAGGUCUUGUGUAUUGCGCAAAUUGUCACAGUUCUUGAAAAAAUCUAGAUGAAUAUUAAAUUGCAAACAUGCUCAACUUUUAAUCAUCAUAAGUCUAUUUUUUUUUCUUAAAUAGAGAUAUUUUCCACCAAAUUAUUCCUUUUUUGAACAAUUUUCAGAGCAUUGUAGAGAAUUUUUCUCGUCUCAUUAAUUUACUUUUAUGAUCUAUAAUUUUUAACACGAUUUUCGCACCACCUAAAGAUUUGUUUUUGUACUUUAGAAAACUUUUGUGUACUUUUCAAUGAUUUUUUGCUGGUAGUCUUAGGAUUUUGUAAACGGUUUUUACCUAGCAAUAUUAGAACACUUUUGAUCAGAGUUUUCGUGUAUAUUUGGUGUUAUUUCAGGCAGGUACUUACAUGUACAUAGUUAGUUAUUAAAAUUUAUUUAUGAUUUUCUAAAUAUUUUUAUAUAACAAAUUUAACUAUUCGAUAAUUUUUUUUUACCAACAAAUUGUUCGUUUGUUUGUUUUUUUUUCAAGUUUUCAUCGCGGUUACAAUGUUUUUGUUUUUUCUAUUUAGUGAUUAAGUCUGGUCAUUUCCACCGUAUUCAGACAAUUUUUUGCGAUGAUUGUAAUAAAGGUGUGCACCUAUC